CACGGUUGUGCCAGUGGUAUAAAAUGGUGGUCUCUAUACAGUCGGUACCAUUUGGCCGUGGAAUAACGGCUGAAAACAGGUUCUGUAAACGGCACGUAUUUUCUUCAUUUUAAUUAUUUUACCGAUCAAAACGGCACCAUGAGCGGCAACAAGCAGGAUCUGCUGCUGUUCUUCGACCGGCCCACGGAGCCCUGCUUCAUGCAGAAGGGCGACGACAAUGCUGUCUUCCAACUGCCUGAACACUACUAUCCGGACAAAUACAAGAGCGCAUCAACUCAGCUAGAGAGCAAGUUCGGCUCGGGCUCCAGGCGCUCCAUCCCCGUCCGCAACAUCGCGCUCCCGGACCUGACGCUGCCCAUGCAGCUGGCAUACAACGACCAGUUCUCGCUGUUCGUGCCCGCGCACCGCCAGCUCGCGGGGAAACUCAUCGAUAUCUUCAUGAACAUGCGUGACGUGUCCGACUUGCAGUCGGUGUGCUCGUACUGCCAGCUGCGCAUCAACCCGUACAUGUUCAACUACUGCCUCUCUGUGGCCAUACUGCACAGGCCUGACACCAAGGGUCUGAACAUCCCCACGUUCGCGGAGACGUUCCCCGACAAGUUCGUGGACCCCAAGGUGUUCCGUAAGGCUCGCGAGACCACCACCGUCGUGCCGGAUGGCUCCAGGAUGCCAGUAGUUAUCCCACAACACUACACGGCCGCUGAUGCGGAGCCGGAGCAGCGCGUGGCGUACUUCCGCGAGGACAUCGGCAUCAACCUCCACCACUGGCACUGGCACCUCGUCUACCCCUUCGAGGCUGCUGAUAGAAACAUCGUCAACAAGGACAGGAGAGGCGAAUUAUUCUACUACAUGCAUCAGCAGAUCAUCGCUAGAUACAACUUUGAGCGUCUCUGCAACAACCUUCAAAGAGUGCAGCGCUACAAGGAUUUCCGGGCUCCAAUCGAAGAAGGAUACUUCCCUAAACUGGACUCGCAGGUCGCCUCCCGCGCCUGGCCUCCCAGGUUUUCUGGAAGCACCAUCAAAGACCUAGACCGGCCGGUGGACCAGAUCCGCGCAGACGUGUCCCAGCUGGAAACCUGGCGCGACCGCUUCAUCCAGGCGAUUGAGGAGGGCGCUAUUGAUCUGCCAAGCGGCCGCAAGCUCCCGUUAGACGAACAGACCGGUAUAGACAUCCUAGGAAACCUGAUGGAAGCGUCAGCUCUGAGCCGCAACGCCGCCAAGUACGGAGACCUGCAUAACAUGGGACACGUGUUUAUUUCUUAUGCUCACGACCCUGACCACAGACACCUUGAACAAUUCGGCGUGAUGGGAGACUCGGCGACAGCCAUGCGUGACCCGAUCUUCUACCGCUGGCAUUCUUACGUCGAUGACAUCUUCAACCUGCACAAGGCCAAGCUCACGCCCUACAGCAAGCAGCAGCUGGACUUCCCCUCCGUCCGCGUUUCCUCCAUCAGCAUCGAAGGUCGCGCUGGCGCAAACACCUUCGGCACCCAAUGGGAGCAGAGCACCGUAGAACUGUCCCGAGGCCUGGACUUCCAGCCGCGGGGCAGCAUGCCAGCACGCUUUACACAUCUGCAGCACGAGGACUUUGUCUACAACAUCGAAGUAAACAACACCAGCGGCCAGUCACUGAUGGGCACCGUCCGCAUCUUCCUCGCCCCCGUACAGGACGAGAGCGGACAACCGCUUCCCUUCGAGGACCAGAGGCGCGGAAUGGUGGAACUUGACAAAUUUUCGGUUGGCUUGCGCCCCGGCAACAACACCAUCAAGCACAACGGUAAGGACUCUUCGGUCACCAUCCCCUACGAGCGCACCUUCCGUAGCCAGGAGGCGCGCCCUGGUCAGCCGGGCUCCGACCAGGCGGCCGAGUUCGACUUCUGCGGCUGCGGCUGGCCGCACCACAUGCUGUUGCCCAAGGGUACCACCCAGGGGUACCCCUGCGUGCUGUUUGUCACGGUCACCAACUGGAACGAGGAUCGGGUGGAACAAGACCUAGUAGGGUCCUGUAACGACGCAGCCUCGUACUGCGGCAUCCGCGACCGCAAGUACCCGGACAAGCGCGCCAUGGGAUUCCCCUUCGACCGGCCCAACCCCGCGCGUUCCCUCUCCGACUUCCUGCAGCCCAACAUGGCCGUGCGAGAGUGCAGGAUCAAGUUCACGGAUGCUACUAGAGUCAGAGGGACGCGGUAGAUCUUGGUAUACAAAAAUCGCCCUAACACUACCGAUAUUUAAAUCAACACCGUCAUUAUCAACGGGCACCAUCAAAUGGCUUCUAAAACAUUUUAUAAAAAAAUAAUGAACUAGGGUCAGUUUUCAAAAAGACCGCCUUUGCUUUUCACUGAAUAUGGGCGCCAAAAGUAGAUACAUAACUAGGGCAUAGAAACAAUCGACAUUGUUUUACGAAUAUUGGACACCGAUGAAUGUAGAAUAAUUUUAAGUAAAUUAGUUUUUAAUGGUAACAUUAUCUUCGAUUACGUUGCUAAUUAGUAGCAAACAUGCUUUUAUUAGUUGUAAGUUUUUGUUAUUCUUUAUAUCUUAUUUUAUUAAGUUAUAUUUAAUGUUUGUGAUUAUUGCUGACUUGUUUACAUAGCACAAUUUUAAGUGAAUUUAUAAUUACAAAUAUUAUUUGCUGUGAUUAGAUCGUUACUUACAUACUGUAAGGUUUAGCUGCAUGGUCUACAAUUUCUUUUUACUAGGU